AUGGCCUUCACUAUUGACAAUAUGAAUGCUGCUCCUACCUCGGUUGUCCAAUCUGCCACUGCAAAUACCGUCACCACUAAUAAUCUAUCUACAACAACCACUGCAGCCAUUCAUAACGACGAUCCAUGCAUUGAUACAGUCAGAGCUCUAUAUGACUAUCUUGCUUCGGAUCCCACAUGCCUUUCACUCAAACAGGGUGAUGUGAUCCAUGUGCAUUUCAAAGACCCUUCUGGUUGGUGGGAAGGUACUUUGGGCUCCAAAAAAGGUUGGUUUCCAUCAAACUACAUUGAGCCUAUACAAGAGCAACUCGUACCACCUUCACCACUUAAUGCUACCCAUCCACACUCUUUUUCACGUAAAUCCAGUCUUGAACAAUUAUCCACAACCGCCACUAAUGCUAAUCUCAGCAUUGGCCGGAAACGGAGCGGAUCAUUGGCAAAUGCACGCAUCCAGAUUGAUGCUCUUACCAACACAUUAGAGCAUGUGAUGGGAAAUAAGAAUGCCUUUGAUGAUCACUGUGUCUCCACUGCUUCUACAGAUAGCAUGCACACUCUGAAACAACCGGAUAUUGCUCUUUCAGAAAAAGUCAUGAGUGAUGGCUCAGAUAAUACGGAUUCAAUUGCCAUAAAUACUCAAUCUACUACUUUUAGUGAUGCAAAUAUUAAUGGCAAUUCACCAUCACAUGGAGAGGAAUUGGAAAAUCCGUCAGGUUUAAAUCGGGUUACACAAAGCUUAGAUUUGCCACAUUUUUGGCACAGGAAAACCAAUCCUACCAAUGGGCAGACCUAUUUUUUCAACACUCACACAAACCAGACAACCUACAAUAUUGAGGAUGUAAAAAAGGCUACGCCACGGAGACGUAGUCUUAUUUACCAGGAUAACAAAUUUGUUGCUAGUCAAGAAAAGGCUCUUCCUGUGUUUGUAAAGCCCUCCAACGUUCCCGAUUGGGGAUCGGAAAGUCUGGUUGAUUCAUCAGUCACAAUUAGCUGGGAACUACUGAUUAACAACAUCCUUAAAUCCAUUGCCGAUCUCAACUAUUUUGCAAAAAACCAAAUCAAGUCUCGCUAUGUCGAACAAACCUAUCAGAUUGUUCGUGCCAUUCGCGAUAUGCUUGCUAGCUCUGGGACUAUUUCCACCGAGUCAGAGCUCAUGAAAGUACAUCCAGGGUUGGCUUCUCACCAUAGUGAAAUCAUGAGCACACUAUCCAAACUAGUAUUGGCCUCGAAAGUUGCUUCUGGCUUAUGGCCUCCACCCGAUUCUGCUAAUCGGAUGCGACAACAGGCAGGCCAGGUUCUUUUAUCUGUUCGCCAUUUUGUUGCUGUUGCACAGGAUACUGCGCUUAAACUCUCCCAUGCACCCAAGGAACUUCUUACUACGUUUGAUAUCAAGGGUGGAGCAUUAUCUGAUCAAGAACUUGUUGGCAAGCUCGACAACUACUCCAAAUUGAUUAUGGAUAAGCUUGCAGCUUUAGUGACACAGAUUACAUCUGCCAGUAAAUCCGAGUCGACCGAUUUUGUUCUUGCCGUGCGUGAAUGUGUAACACACAUUGGAGAGCUAUUGUCAAUUAUAGAAGAUUUUCGUAUUGAUUUCCACGACGAUCCAGAUCGACUGGUGGAUGGAUUGGUUCAGGCCAAAGAGCGUGUUUACAUGUGUGUGACUGAGCUGGUCAACCAGGCUACUGUGAAUAAUGGAACAUUUACACCUUCCGAUGCUCUUGCAUCAAUACUGGAGUCUACUAGUCAAGUGAUGAUUGCAGUUGAAAAUAUACUGAUUGCAUCUAAAUUGGUGAUUGAUCGUAAAGAUGAAUUGGGUACUUUGGAGUGGCAGCCUGUUGAAUCUGCUCAAACGGCUAUUGGUAUUGGACAUGCACCUACUAGAAAACACAACCGACUGAGUAAUGACAGCGCAGGUACAGGUGCCGAUCGCAAUCCAGACUUGGUCAAUCUUCAACGCCGAACACUAUCCAUGACACUUAUGCUGAAUUCCAGUGAACGACUGUCUACCUCUUCAACAAAAGUCACUCAGCCACCCUCUACGACUGAUUUGACGCAGCCAACCACAGUUUCUCAUGGAAUGCCCCACCCUAUGCUUGGCGAAAUUGAUAGAUCAUUUUCUGCAAGCGAUUCCAAUUUAGUUACAAAUCAACUGAUCAAACAGCAGCAUCACUUUCAUCAAGCUACUCAGCAUAAUCAAUCUCAACAACCCCACCCUCAUUCUUCAUAUAUCACGCCGCUUCCUCGAAAGCAGUCUAUUAUUGCUUCUCAUGCUCGAAUGAGUAGUGGAAAUGGCACAUUUCACGCUUCCAACCCUCAAUAUCUCUCGAAUCCAUCACUGGCUUUGCAUAGUCAGUCUAAUCGAGACUCCUCAAGUGUACAAUCCUCUAUGCAUGGCAGCUCUGUACCUGACCGCUAUUCUGCCAACAGUUCUCACUUUAAUGGUGCUUAUGAUUUUGAAGAAGACCAUCCUCGUGUCAAAUCAUUCGAGAGUGGACAGCUGAAACUGAAAAAGUUUUUUGGAGAUGGGGAUGUUCCAAUCAAUGUGCCUACUCGCAUAUCGGCUGACAACCUUCGUCCUUUUUUUCUCAACAAGGAGUAUCGCCACGAAGACAUUACAUUCAACAUGGAAGGUGCGGUCAAUGGCGGCACGUUUGAUGCACUGGUUGAGCGACUUACACUACACGAUCAGCCUGUUGAUCCAGGAUUUGCAAAUGCGUUUUUACUCACGUUUCACUUGUUUGCCACAUCCGAGCAGCUGUUUAAUGCACUUACUGCUCGAUUCAACAUGUCUCCUCCACCUGGUUUGAAAGAUCACGAAGUCAAGAUGUGGAUUGACAAGAAACUUGUUCCCAUUCAAAUCCGCGUCUCGAAUGCAUUCAAAACGUGGCUGGAAAGCCAUUGGAUUGAAGCAGAUGAUGAUGCAUGUCUAGACCGUCUCUACCAGUUUGCAUCUACAGUCAUGUCACAAACCCAUGCACCACUUGCCACUCGACUUAUGGACUUGGUAACGAAAAAGAUCAAUGUGGAUGUAUUGAAUCACAAUACAAUUUCGACACCCAAAUUCAAGCGACUGGCAGUCCGUUCAGAAGAUAUUCCACAGCCUAUUCUUCCGCGCAACAUGAAACGGUUUUCGCUUUUGGAUAUUGAUCCUAUCGAGGUUGCUCGGCAAUUAACUCUCAUUGAGAGUCAAAUGUAUGCUCGUAUUAAACCGUUUGAACUCAUGAAGCAAGAGUGGGCCAAAAAGAAGCUUUCCACCGCUGUUAAUGUUCGAGCCAUGUCACAGCUCAGUACUCGUAUUGCUGGAUGGGUGGUUGCUACUAUUCUUUCAGAUCCAGAUACUAAACGGCGAUCGCAAAUUAUCAAAUACUUUAUCAAAGUAGCGGACAACUGUCUUGAAAUGUACAACUUUAAUUCACUCAUGGCGAUCCAAACAGGUCUAAACUCAUCUACCAUUGCUCGUUUGAAAAAAACAUGGGAUGCAUUAUCUGCCAAAACCAAAACCAUGUUUCAAAAUAUACAGCGAGUGACCAAUCACGGGAGAAACUACUACGAAUACCGAGCUCUAUUGAAGCGUGCUCCUUUACCUUCACUUCCAUUUGUAGGUCUCUUUCUGACUGACUUGACAUUUACUGAUGACGGCAAUCCCAACAGGCGAAAUGACGGACGAUUGAUUAAUUUUGACAAGUAUGCAAAAACUGCAAAAAUCAUACAAGAUCUCCAACGGUUUCAACUUCCUUUUGUGUUUAUCGAUGUAGCAGAGCUACAGCAGUAUUUGUUGGAAUGCAUCAGUCGCGAAGGUCAAAGAGAUGCACAAGAACUGUAUGAAAUCUCCUUGGCAUAUGAACCUAGAGACCAUGACUAUAGCGGUCCUCCUGGCGGCGGCGGGCCGCCUUCUGCUACCCUAAGCUCUGGAAGCGCUAGUAUUUCUAUGGAUGAUCCUUUAAAGGAUAUGGCGAAUAAGAUUCGCAUGUUGGAAAAAGCUGGUAUGCUUUAA